GUCAUCGGGAUCAACGUAUUGGAGUGCGCUGGAGUGAAUAGGAGCAUGUCAAAAAGAACAGACCAAAUAUGAAAUCGAAAUUGUGGUGGGAAUACCCGUUGACAUGUUUACAUAUGCACGUGCAGGUAGUUUAGUGUACGACCUAUGUUAUUCAAUGUUAUCCGCUAUUGUCCGUUAUCGUUCGCAAGUUAAACAUUCAUCGAUACAGUAUAAUGGAAUAGGCGGCAGGCCGUUUGAGACCGUCUUUGUUCACUGUGAAGAUUAGAAGUAGAAUAUCUGAAAGUAAGACUGAAAUCUAAUCAACAUCUAUCAGUGUUGAUUAGUACUAAAAAAAAUCAGUCUCAGGCGCUAGUGACGAUAAAUGUAUCGGAAAUAUAUAUUCUUGAAUUCAAGUUCAUCAUAGGACAACCAAAACUAACGGAUUCGUCUUUGUUUCACGUUCGAGUUGUACCAAGCGUGAUUUUAAGCAUUCGAACGGGUGCAGAAUCUUACUUCCAAUUGUAUUUUUAAUUGCUUUACAUUCAACAUGGAAACACACGCGCGUCCUCCAAGUCCUUUAAGAAAAGAUGGUGACAUGGCCAGCAACUGGCAAAACUGGAAAGAAGAGUUUAUUAUAUUUAUGAAAGUAGCUAACUAUAUGGAACAAGAACCCAGUGAUAAGCGUGCGAAUUGUUUAAAAAAUUUCAUUGGAAGAGUUGGUAUUGAAGCAAUACGAAAUAUAACUUUUGACAGUGAGCAAGAUAAAGAUGAUAUGGACAUAUUGAUUGAAAAGCUCGAUAAAUACUUUAUUCCAACAAAAAAUGAAGUGUUCGAGCGACAUCAGUUUUUUACAGCAUCAAAAUGGCAAAAUGAGUCUAUCGAACAUUAUGUAACUUUGUUAAAAGAAAAAGCUAAAAAUUGCAAUUUCAAAGAUUUGACAGAUAGUAUUAUACGAGACAAAAUCAUUCUUGACACUCAGGAUAAAAUACUACGUCAGAAAUUUUUGGAAGCAGACGAUUUAAAUUUAUCAAAGUUAAUAGCGAUUUACAAUGAUUACACUAAUACUGAAAGAAGAAAACAAUUUACGCAAUUUUCUUGUUGGAGAUGUGGCACUCAGCAUCCAAUAAGACAAUGUCCUGCUUGGGGAACAAAAUGCAAAGACUGUAAUAUAUAUAAUCAUUAUACUGGGCGUUGCCCGGAUCCUAAAAAAUAUAUAAAAAGCACAGAUAAGGUGAAUAAAAAUGUAUUUGAUGAAACACAAAAAUUUACUCCUAAAAAGAAUAAUGACAAAUGGAAUAUUCAACCUGCAGAUUUUACAGUAAUAACGGAUUCAGUAAGUAAAAUGAUCACUUUUCCUGAGAUUCCGACAGCUCCUUGUGAUAGUGAUAAUGAAAAUGCAUCUGUUGACAAAGAUUCUAUUUUUGAUUUUCCAAAAAAUAAACAUUUACAAUUCUGGAAUGAUAGUACCAUGAAUCACUCAGCAAAUUUGCCUGAAAAACCAGAAGAGAGUUGUUUAUAUAAAAAGUUUCCAGUCAAGCCAGACAUAACACGUACUACAAAUUUCAAAUUACAAAACGAUACCAUGAAUCACUCAUCUAAUUUGCUUAAGAAAACAGAGAGUUUAUAUAAAAAGUUCCCAGUCAAGCCAGACGAAACACAUACUACAAGUUUAAAAUUACAAAACGAUACCAUGAAUCACUCAGCAAAUUUGCCUAAGAAAAUAGAAGAUAGUUAUUCCUAUAAAAAGUUUUCAGUCAAGCCAAACGAAACACAUAUUGGAAAUUUAAAAUUACGGAAUUACUCAGUAAAUUCGUCUAAGAAAACAGAGGACAGUCAUUCGCACAAGAAUUUUGCUACCAAGCCAGAUGGAACACAUGCAAAUUCAAAAUCAUGGAAUGAUAAUAUCACAGGUCACUCGGCAAAUUUAUUUAAGAGCACACUCAAGCAAGAUGAGACACAUAAUACAAAUUCAAGGUCAUGGUGUGACAAUUCCAUGAAUCAUUCAGCGAAUUCAUCUAAGAGCACACAAACCAGUCAUUCGUACAAGAGUUUUACAGUCAAGCCAAACGGAACUCUUAACACAAAUUCAAAAUCAUUGAAUGAUAAUAACACAACUCACUCGGCAUAUUUGCCUAAUACACAGCACGGUUGUUCGCAGUUUGCUCAGCAUACAUCAGAUAAAACAAUUUUACAUAGGGCUAAUUUACCAAAAAAUAAAAAGAUUCAAAAGAAAGAAAUAGCUGAUUGUGUAGUGCUUUAAUUUUUUAUUAUAUAUUUUAUGAACAUAUAUCAAUAAAGUUCCAAUCCUCUUUAUUUUCUUUAUAAAUGAGAUUAGAAUAAAUGCUGAUAAGAUUAUGAGAAAUUUGUAUUAAAUAAAAAUAUUGACAACGUUGUGUACUGAUAUUGCAUUUAUGAAAUAUACAAGAUUAUUUAUUA